CGGGCGCAAGGCGGUUCCCUCGUUCUGAUAGGACGUCAUAUGAUGUCCUACCAUUCUCACUGCGCAUGCGCGGCUCACUGAUCAUCAGGGCACUGAUGAUCAGUGUGGCCCCACAAGUGCCACCUGUCAGUGCUCAUCAGUGCCACGUACCAGUACCCAUCAGUGCCACAUCAAGUCCACAUAUCAGUGCAUACCAGUGCACAUCAAUGCCACAUAUCAGUGCCCAUCUGAGCUGCCUUUCAAUGUCACCCAUCAGUGCCAGUCAGUGCCACCUAUCAAUGCCAAUCAGUGCCACCUAUCAGUGCUGCCAAUCAGUGCCACCUAUCAGUGCCAGUCAGUGUUGCCUAUCAGUGCCAGUCAGUGCCUGUCAGUGCUGCCUAUCAGUGCCAUAUAUCAGUGUCAUGUAUCAGUGCUGCCUUUCAGUGCCCAUCAGUGAUGCCUGUCAAUGCCCAUCAGUGCAACCUACCAGUGCCUCCUCAUCAGUGCCCAUCAGUGCAGCCUAUCAGUGCCCAUCACUGCAGCCUCAUUAGCGCACAUCAGUGAAGGAGAAAAAUCACUUAUUUACAAAAUUGUAUAACAAAAACUAAGAAAAAACUUUUUUUUUCAAAAUUUUCAGCGGUUUUUGGUUUAAGAAAAAAUAA